AAUGCAAAUACUCAAAAACAGUCCUUAAACAUUUUCAAAUUAUCCCAAAAAAAGAAAAACGCUCUAAAGAAAAUUGGUUAAAACCCUAAAAACUCUGGAUCAAUUUGGAAAGAAGAGAAGAAGAAGAAACUUGUUGAAUAUAAUCAAUGGCGAAUCUUCCAAUCGUGCAAUUCGAGAAGAAGAUAGAAGAAACAGUGGACCAAAAUCCAGUGGUGGUGAUCAUAGGAGAGACCGGUUCGGGAAAGAGCACGCAGCUCUCUCAGAUGCUCCACCGCAAAGGAUACACAAAUUCCGGAAUCGUUGCCGUCACUCAGCCCCGUCGCGUCGCAGCCGUAUCUGUUUCCAGGCGAGUUGCGCAGGAGCUUGGUGUUCGGCUUGGGGAAGAAGUAGGCUAUGCUAUUCGGUUUGAAGAUAGAACUUCCGAAAGAACACAAAUCAAAUACCUUACUGAUGGAGUGCUUCUUCGAGAAAGUCUGUCAAAUCCGGAACUGAAUCAGUAUUCUGUUAUUAUUCUGGACGAGGCUCAUGAGAGGAGUUUGAAUACGGAUAUUUUGCUGGGGUUGAUGAAACGCUUGGUUAAAAGACGUGCAUCCAAUUUAAAAGUUCUGAUCACAUCGGCAACCCUUGAUGGUGAAAAAGUGUCGAAGUUCUUUUCAGAUUGUCCCUUGUUGACUGUCCCUGGAAAAUUAUUUCCUGUGGAAAUAUUCUACAGCAAGGAGCGACCUACAAGCUAUCUUGAGUCUUCACUAAAAACAGCUAUGGAUAUACAUGUUCGGGAACCAGAAGGUGACAUCUUAAUAUUCAUGACUGGACAGGAUGAUAUAGAGAAGUUGGUAUCAAAGCUGGAAGAUAAAGUUCGAAGUCUAGAGGAAGGCUCCUGCAUGGAUGCUAUCAUUCUUCCUCUCCAUGGUUCAUUGCCACCUGAAAUGCAGGUGCGUGUAUUCAGUCCUCCCCCUCCAAACUGUAGGCGUUUUAUUGUUGCCACAAACAUAGCUGAAACUUCUUUGACAGUUGAUGGUGUUGUGUAUGUUAUUGAUUCUGGUUAUGUGAAGCAACGGCAAUAUAACCCAGCAACUGGAAUGUAUUCCCUUGAUGUUGUUCAAAUUAGCAAGGUACAAGCUAAUCAACGUGCUGGACGAGCUGGAAGAACACGUCCUGGGAAGUGUUACCGUUUAUACCCAUCCAGGGUUUACAAUGAUGAUUUCCUUGAUGUAACAGUUCCUGAAAUACAGCGAUCUUCUCUUGCUGGCAGUGUUCUUUAUCUAAAGUCAUUGGACCUCCCUGAUAUUGAUAUUCUGAAGUUUGAUUUUCUUGACCCCCCUUCUACCGAGUCAUUAGAAGAUGCUCUAAAGCAACUAUAUCUGAUUGAUGCCAUUGAUGAAAAUGGAUCGAUAACUAGUAUUGGGCGAACAAUGGCCGAGCUCCCAUUGGAACCUUCACUUUCGAGAACCUUAAUUGAGGCAAAUGAAUAUGGUUGCUUAUCCCAGGCUCUGACUGUUGCGGCCAUGUUAUCAGCCGAAACAAAUUUGCUUCCUGGUCGAAGCAAGAAUAAUGAGAAGAAAAGAAAAUACCCUCCUUUGGAACUUCCUGAUGGUUCUGGUUUUGGUGAUCACAUCCAGUUGUUACAGAUCUAUGAAUGCUGGGAUGAAAAUAAUUACGAUAUUGGUUGGUGCAAAGAUUAUGACUUACAGGUGCGAGGAAUGAUGUUUGUCAAAGAAGUUCGAAAGCAGCUAUCGCAGAUAAUGCAGAAGAUAGCAAAAGGGUCCUCAGAUGUACAAGUAAAUCAAAGUCAGAAAAGACGCCAGAGUUAUAGGAAUUUGAGGAAAGCAUUGUCCAUUGGCUUUGCAAGUCAGCUUGCUGAGCGGAUGAGGCAUCAUAAUGGCUUUCGAACACUGGGUUUUAAGCCCCAACUAGUGCAGGUGCAUCCUUCCUCUGUGCUAAAGCCAGAUGAUGAUGGAUUAUAUCCAAAUUAUGUUGUCUACCACGAACUUAUUGCUACCUCACGCCCAUAUAUGCGGAAUGUGUGUGCUGUAGAGCGUCAAUGGGUGAUUCCAAUUUUAGAGAAACUUGACAAACUUGAUGUCAGGAAAUUAAGUGGUGGUGGAUUGGGUCAUGUAGAAGAGAUAACUGAGGGAAACACGUCAGACUUACUGAAGAAGGAAGCUGUCAUCGUUACAGCUCCAGAAGAGCAGGAAAGUAAAAUUCAGGCAGCAAGGGAACGUUUUCUUGCUCGCAAGGGAAAGAAAUGAGGUCGGGUAUUAUGUGUUAACAGAUCAGUGCAGUGAGAGCUGCUUGAUUACUCAGUGGACAUUCCAAUUUUCAAAAUUGUUGGUGGGACUGAGAAUCAUGUGCGUUUUGAUUUUCCAGUUCCCACUAUCUAUUCUAUAGCACUUUGCUGAUGGCAUGUGAGCUUUAUACUUUCCUUGAUGCUUAUAGAGGACGUUGUUAAAUGAGAGUGUGGCCACGAUAUGCGUUGGUGGGACGCAAGAUUACGCUCUUUAUUCCUUCAGACAAAUCACAAGAGUUUGGAUGUGAUUCUUGAUUAAUCUAUAUAACCUUAUAAUUUGAAUAUAUCACUUGCCUCCACAGAUGAAACUGAAGGAGGGAUAAAGGCUAGCAUUGCCCUGAACUUGUACCCAAAGGUCAAAUUUACCGUUCUCCUCAUAUAUAGUUGUACUCUGGAAGUGUUUACCCCCAUUUGUUUUAAUACAGUUAAUUUUAAUGACAGAAAAGACGAAUGUUUGAUGAUUGUA